AUGUCUGCCCAGGUUACUUUGAAAGAGGAUGUCCACAGCCUCUCUGAUCUCCUGUUUUCUGGUGUUCUCUCUAAUGAGGUCAAACUUUUUGUUACAUUCCAGUCAAUUGUGUGUCAUGUAAGGGCGUUGCGUUCAGCUAGCUCCGAUCCUUCCUUUAUGCUGGAGCAUUCUAUUUUAUUGACUUUUUCAUGUUCAGUAGACAAGCUGGUGAAGAGGGUUGUCCUUUCCCUCUAUUUCCAUAGUAUCGGCCGAAGUUUCCGAGCCAAUUCGCACGAGAGUAAACAUAUCCAUCGUUUUUCCUAUGCUGUUGAUUUUCUUUCAUACUCUCCGUCCUCUCAUCUGCUCAUUAAAAUCCGUAUGUUGCGUUGUAUUGCUUCUUUUGGAUAUCCGUUUCCAAGUCAUAAACGGAUUAGUUUUUCUAGUUCAUCUUCCCAAAACUCAGAAUCUGUGAAUCCACAGGUUCCUUGUGACCAUAUUUCGGAGCAUUCCAAUCUUCAUUCCAUGGUUUGA